AAUACCAAAUUGCCUUUUUUUUAUUGAGUUUUGUAAUAUUUAAAAUCGGACUUUUCCAGUAGUCCUCUGUGAACAGUUGCAUCUAGCUUCAUACAGUAACAUUAUUAGGUGACAACUAUUGCCAUGGCAACAUUGUUUGAGCAAUAGCACAAAUCUACGCCAAAGCAAGCGAAACAGCCUAGUGGACCAGGAUACUCUCUGCACUGCAACUAAAAAUGGGAAAUAUUUGUUCUGAUAAAUUUACAUCUAGCAGACAAAAUGAAAAAGACAAAAUUAAAGAUGCCAAGAUCAUCUUUGUUGUGGGUGGGCCUGGCUCUGGGAAGGGCACCCAAUGUGAGAAGGUAGUUGCAAAGUAUGGAUACACCCAUCUGUCAUCUGGGGACCUGCUCCGUGCUGAGGUGGCUUCUGGCUCUGAGAGGGGCAAGCAUCUCCAGGCCAUCAUGCAAAAGGGAGAGCUUGUACCCCUGGACACAGUCUUAGAUAUGAUUAAGGAUGCCAUGAUUGCCAAGGCUGAUGUCUCCAAGGGCUUCCUUAUUGAUGGCUACCCCCGUGAAGUGAAGCAGGGCGAGGAGUUUGAGAAGAAGAUUGGCAAACCCUGCCUGCUGCUGUACAUUGAUGCAAAAGGAGAGACCAUGGUUCAGAGACUUUUGAAGCGUGGCGAGACCAGUGGACGUUCUGAUGAUAAUGAGGAAACCAUCAAGAAACGCCUGGACCUGUAUUACAAAGCAACGGAGCCUGUCAUUGCUUUUUACGAAUCCCGUGGUAUUGUCAGGAAGAUUGACUCUGAGCCACCAGCGGAUGAAGUCUUCAAACAAGUCUCCCAAACUAUUGAUGCACUGAAGUAAACAACAUGCAGUAACUAGA